AUGGGUGAUCUUGUAUCCUACUCAGAGAUUUGCGAAAAGCUUACACAGGCAGGUGUUACUCGCUGCAAUCAGCCAACCUACAACUUCAUAGUUCGUUCCUUCCUUUCAGGUGUUUUCAUUUCUUUCUCUUUCUUGUUUGGUGUUGUCGCUACAAUCGAGUCUGGACAAACCAUUAUGUUUGCCCUUUGUUUCGCUAUCGGCCUUGAUUACAUCCUUUUCUUAAAUUGCUAUCUCUUCACAGGUGAUCUUGUCCCAGUUGUUCUUUGCGCUCUUAAUAGACGUGCUCCUGCUGGAAAGUUAAUAUAUGCUCUUGGUAUGACAUACAUUUUCAAUGCUCUUGGAUGUGUCUUUGGUGCAUUCUUCACAGGAUGGGCAACAGGACUUUCAAGCAAUCCAUAUGAUAACUGGAUUGGUCAAAAGGUUGCACUCUACUGCUAUAAGAAGACCCACAUGAAUUAUGGAAAUAUGUUUGCUAAGGCAAUGAUCUGCAAUGCUCUUGUUUCAAUUGCUACAUUCAUGGCCAACAUGACAACCUCUUACUGCGGAAAAUGCCUUGCUGUAUUCCUUGCAAUUGGUAACUUCUCUACCCUCGGCCUUGAGCACUGUAUGGCUAAUUGGUUCUGCCUUUCUAAUGGUCUUAUGCAAAAGGAUGCCAUAAAGAAUAUGACAUGGAAAGCUACAAUCUUAAAUCUUAUCAUUGUUUCAAUUGGUAAUGCUGUUGGAUCUUGUGUCUUUGUUUCUCUUCCAGCAUUCCUUCAGCAAUACUCCGAUAAGCCGGAUUCUCUUGAUAAUGAUGUUCCAAGCUCUGCAAACGAUAAGAAAUCUGAUGAAGAUGUAGCGAGCUUAUAA